UUGAGCGAGACUUCCCAGCUAACACACGAUGUACUGGUUACCUAAUUUAUUAGUCAUUUUUGGUUAUUUCAUGACUUACCAGCUGCACGUCCCAGGCACGAAAUUGUCCAAUUCACGACGUCGCCUGCACGAACUCUUGACGUUACAAUACAACCAAGAACAGUCCAGUUACGUACUAUAUUCGUACUAUUUUGGUAAUAACUUAACCUACGGAUAAUGUGGCACGUUGCGGGCACGAAAUGUCAUUACCAAUACAAUUUUGAUUAACAUUAAUGAUUUACAUUACGUUUACUAUUUAAAAAUGAAUGUUUAAAACUUUUUAGUCAGGACAUUGUAAAUCUGUGGAUUAAAUAAGACAAGAGAUAUUUAUUACGCUACAUGCAGGCCGCUCUCUGCUGUAUGGGAAUGUAACAGUGCGCGCCUCCUGCGCGCCUCCUUCAGAACAGACUACUAGAGCCUGCACAUGCUGAGCUGCUAACAGGAGGACCGAUAGUUUCUCCUAAUGAAGACAUGUUUUAAUUUCACAACUGUCGUUUAAUACUUGUGAAAAACGAAUUUAUCUGAGGUUUUAACUUCUAUUCUGACAUAAUGUCGUCUGACAGCAGUAGCAACGUGCUUCUGUAGCUAACGUUACUGACAGGAUUCUGACAGGAAAUUUCGUUUUUAUCAGAACAGGUGGCGGUUAAGAGUAACUUUAACCAGGGCAACGAGACAUAACACGACACGUGCCCUGAAGAACUGGACAUAUAACUCUGUAUAAAAAGACCAACAAUCACAUUAAAGCCCGGUUUCACAGACAAGGCUUAAAGCUAAUCCUAGACUAAAAUUGAUGUUUGAGCAGUCUUAACUGAAAAUAACUCGCCUUAAAACAUCUUAAAAGUAUGUCAGUGCCAUUGUUUUGUCUCAAGGCACACCAGUAAUGUUUUUUACUAGGGCAUUUUUAUAAAAGUAGUUUAAAUAUCUAAUUUCACUAAGGGUUAGUCCGGGCUUAAACUAACCCCAGUCUGUGAAACCGGGCCAAAGUAUCUAUAUUUGAAGUGUUUUUUUUUUUUUUGUAAUAUUUAUGCUGCUGUAAUUAUUUAUCUGUGGUGAAUCAUGCUCGAUGCUAUGUUUUAAAUGACUGUGACAGUUACAACUGUUAUACGUAUCUGAACAAACACUGUUGUUCAAAUAGGUUUUUAAACAUGUUUUUAUUACGGAAGCCGCUAGGUGUCACCGCGCUGCAACGGAAGAAAACACAUGUUAACCGAAAAAACACCAGCAAAUUCAGAAAGCAUCUCCAUUAGUUUGGCGACACAUGCCCUGCAAAUUCUCGCAACACAAACAAAUACAGAAACGCGCUGCAAGUACCACAAACGACAACGGAAGUGUUUCCGGGGGUCUCGAAAUCUGACAUUAGCGCUUUGUACAGAGAUGUGUACAACUUUUACGCAACAUUCUGAAAACAUUGCGACAACUUUCAUUACAACAUGUAGAAACACCAACGUUCAUGACUCUACUGUUGUGUCUCCAGUCCAGCAGGAGUCGCUCUGCAGCUCUUCAGUCCGCCGAUAAACCCACUAAAGAAAGAAAGAAAGUCAAACAUCAAGCGCUGCGUGUUCACUUCACUUUUAUUUUCUCUCUUUAGUGUUUUAAACAAGAGUGUUAUCUGUGUUUAUUUUUGUGUUUAGGUGUUGUUGAUAAUGACGUCACAGGCUGAUGGGAUGUGCUCCACACACACACAGGACUCGGAGCUCAGCCUCACUUUACUCUGUUAUACUGACACAAACCCCACAGACGCUCAGGACACUGUGUGUGACAGUAAUCACACCUUGAAUCAGGAUGAAUCUACUGAUCAAACCUCCACAGAGUCUCUGGAUUCUGUCUGUAACGCUGGAGAACAGCAGAUCCUGAACACCAGACCACUCAACAUGUGUUCUGUCAUACUGGUGGACUGCAGGAAACUCAUGGAGAUGAGAAGACAAACACCAGCAGAAGAAGAAGAAGAACAUCACAGUGAUGAAGAUGAGAAUCAUGAUGAUGAUGACGAAGACGACAACGAUUUUAUUCCCUCAGAUGAGAGCAGUGAAACGGAAGAGAUUCAGAGGAAGGAGAAAAAGCACGAGUGUCCUCACUGUGAGAAGAGAUUUUACACUGCAUCUUGUUUUGAAAGACACGUGCGUGUACACACUGAUGAGAAACGGUUUCUGUGCAGCGAAUGUGGAAAAACAUUUAAAAAUUCAGGUUAUUUAAAAUCACACCAAAAAAUACACUCUGAGAAACUCCAUCAGUGUUCACACUGUGACAAACGUUUCCAUCAGAAGUCAUAUUUGAUGGUUCAUGAGAGAAUUCAUACUGGAGAGAAACCUUUCCUCUGCUCUGAGUGUGGAAAGAGCUUUACUAAUUCAGCUGCUCUCAGAGAUCAUCAGAGAGUUCACACUGGAGAAAAACCUUAUCUCUGCAAUGUUUGUGGGAAGAGCUUCACUCGGUCAGGUGCUUUCAAAGAUCAUCAGAGAGUUCACACUGGAGAAAAGCCUUAUCACUGCAGUUUUUGUGGGAAGCGUUUUAGUCGACAUGACAAUUUGAAGACACACGAGAGACUUCAUACUGGAGAAAAACCUUACAAAUGCUGUCAGUGUGACAAGGCGUUUACUCAACGCGUUCUUCUGAAACUCCAUCAGAAAGUUCACACUGGAGAGAAAUCCACCAGAUAAUCUGUGGAGUCACAUUUAUUAUUUAGGAGGUUUUCAGACUCAACAGAAGAAACAUGCUAAACAAUCUGUCAGAAAAGCAGAAAAACCCUUAAAAGAUUUACACAAACACAUAAUUCACAGUUUAUGAUAUCUUUUUUUUGUUAGUUACAGUAGCUAGAUUAGAUCUAAAACCAAUUCAGAUUUAUAUAUCAGAACAGUUGAUGUGCUGUUAGGUUCUGAUCGACUCCAGGAUCAUUCAGUACAGUUUAAUAAUCACUCUGUUGUAGGGCUGAACGAUUAAUCAAAAUCGAAUCGCAAUCGCGAUGUGAGACGUUGCGAUUUGCUAAUCGCAAGAGGCUGCGAUGUGGAAACGAUGUGAAAUGUAAUAAACGCGUCUGUUCCAAGCCCGCUUUGAGUGGCAUUCUUGUUAACCAACAGAGUGAGCGCACCUCCGUUAUGCCUAAUCAAAAAAAAAAAAAAACAGAAAGCGGGAGAGAGAGAGAGAGAGAGUGUGUGUUAUUAUGGCAUCUGCAGAGUCAGAUCGAUCAUAUUAGGCAAAUAAAUACUAAAGAACCAUCCAAUUCAGAAGACCUCACACACGGCCUGUGUUAUACUCGCUCUCUUCGCCGCGUUGCGCGUCUUGCGGACGAGCCGUUUAAACUUGACGCGCACACAUAGCCUGUUUCAUACUCGCGCGAGUCUUCCCCGCGUUGCGCGUCUCGCGGACGAGCCGUUUAAACUGAUGCGCACACAUAGCCUGUUUCAUACUCGCACGUCUUGCGGACGAGCCGUUUAAACUUGACGCGCACACAGCCUGUUUCAUACUCGCGCGAGUCUUCCCCGCGUUGCGCGUCUUGCGGACGAGCCGUUUAAACUUGACGCGCACACAUAGCCUGUUUCAUACUCGCGCGAGUCUUCCCCGCGUUGCGAGUCUUCCCCGCGUUGCGCGUCUCGCGGACGAGCCGUUUAAACUGAUGCGCACACAUAGCCUGUUUCAUACUCGCUCGUCUUGCGGACGAGCCGUUUAAACUUGACGCGCACACAUAGCCUGUUUCAUACUCGCACGUCUCUGCCCCGCGUUGCGCGUCUCGUGGACGAGCCGUUUAAACUGAUGCGCACACACAGCCUGUUGCCUUGACGCACGCGCGCACCCUGUGUCAACUCACGCCUAGCUCCGCGUUUCAAACAAAUGUAAAUUCUAUCUAACUGUUUUGCUAAUUUCACUUGGAUGAAAUUAAACAUUCAGCACAUUUUCUACUUGUUUUAAAAAAUCCCACAUACUUAAAAAAUAAUAAAUCAGCCUAUGUAACCUAUGAACUAUUUUAAUAAUUCACUAACACAAUAGAAAAUGUUAUGGAUUUAAGGGUUACAAUGGGAGUUGUAUUUGUUUUAAUGGAAACUAUAAUAGUGUACACUGGUAUUUGGAUUCUAUUGGUGUGAUGUAAUCUUGAAGCUGGGAACCAAUUGAACAACAGUAAGCCCGAUUUGAAUAAUGCCCAAAACACACUACAAAAAUGAAUUUUGUAAUGGUUUUAAUGGAAACAAUUAGAAUUUCUGUAAUGUUUUUUUUUGUUGUUUUCUUUCAGCAGGGUAAUUAUACCCAUACUGUGCUCCACGCAACAAUAUUGAGCUGAAGCUUGAAUUAGAAAAGUUAAAAUCGCAAAUCAAAUCGCAAUCGCAAUGUCUGUCAAAAAAAUCGCAAUUAGAUAUUUUCUCCAAAUUGCACAGCCCUACCCUGUUGUACAUAUUUCUGAUUCUAUCAGUGACAUAAAUCACAGUCUUUAUUAAAAUGUGUAUUAUCUGUGGUUUGGCAUGUCGUCUGUUGUCAUUUGCUUGAGUCUUGAUGUGUUAUUGUGUUUGAUUUGGGAGGUGUCCAUAAACUGAUACUCACUGUUGUUAUCUGAGUUUUGUUUUGUAUCCGAUAUUAUUAAAUUCAUUACAGUCGCCCUUUCUGAUUCUCUGUCACUUCAAUAAAAGUAACAGUUUUUAAUAUCUGAUAUCGUUCACAAAACCAGACUCAAAAUCGGACCUAAACAGCUCCAAACUAAUGUACAUUUACCAAAUCACUACUAAUAAACUCGCCUCGUUAAUCAUGAACAUAUACUCUGUAACUUCUAAUCAAAGUCACUGACUGCAGCUGUAAUGUGUCGGAGGAGAUCUGGCCCUCCCGGCUGAGACUGGUUUCUCCCGAGAUUUAUUUUCUCCAUUUAUUCAUUGUUGGAGUUAUGGUUCCUCACCACUGGGUCAUGUUGGCUUGCUCACCGGGAGACUGCUGAAUUUAGUUUAGCUGAUUGUUUGCUAAAUUCCAUUAACAUCUCUUUAUUAGAAUAUUGCUUUAUUAUAGCACGGCACUGUGUUUUGCCUCUUUCUGGGUUUUUUUCCUGUAAAGCUGCUUUGAA